GUCCAUAGGUGACAUGUAUCUAUCUGAGUAUUAAAUAUACUCAUUUCAAUCCAAUAGUUUUGUGUCUCCCGCCACUUCCAUAUUAGGAUUAUAUUGAUCUGAGCUUCUGCGUGACAACAUUAAUUACGAUAAACAAGUGCUCUAAAUCAGGACUAUGGAGAAUUUUCCAGUUAUAGAUCUGAGUCCAUACUUGGAGUGGAAACGAAUCGAGGAUGAGGAUGAGGAUGGGGAUGUGGAUUUAGAGGAAGAAUUGAGGAGGUUAUGUACAGAUGUGAGCCGGACGCUAAAGGAGACUGGAGCUUUAUUGAUAAGGGAUCCUCGAUGUUCUGCCCAAGACAACGAUCGAUUCCUUGAUAUGAUGGAGAAUUAUUUCCAGCAACCUCCAGAAUUGAAGCGUCUCCAGGAACGCCCUCUUUUGCACUACCAGGUUGGAGUUACUCCAGAAGGAGUUGAAGUCCCACGAAGUCUGGUGGAUCCUGAAAUGCAACAAAAACUAAAAGCAUUGCCUUUAGAGUUUCAGCCUUCUACUCCAUCCGGCCCUGAUCCUAAGUGGAGAUAUAUGUGGAGGAUCGGUCCUCGCCCUUCUAAUACUUGCUUUAAGGAAUUGAAUGCUGAGCCCGUUAUCCCUCAAGGAUUUCCAGAAUGGAAAGAUACUAUGGAUUCAUGGGGUUUCAAAAUGAUUUCAGCUAUUGAGGUUGUUGCUGAGAUGGCGGCUAUAGGUUUUGGCUUGCCCAAGAAUGCUUUCACUUCUCUGAUGAAAAAUGGCCCUCAUUUGCUUGCUCCCACUGGAAGUGACCUUUAUUGUUAUGGACAAGAGGGAACUGUGUUUGCAGGAUAUCAUUAUGACCUUAACUUUUUAACUAUCCAUGGGAGGAGUCGAUUUCCUGGACUAAAUAUCUGGCUUAGAAAUGGGGAGAAAGUAGAAGUGAAAGUCCCUGUGGGAUGUCUUCUUAUUCAGACUGGGAAACAGAUUGAAUGGUUGACUGCGGGUGAAUGCAUUGCCGGAAUGCACGAGGUUGUUGUGACCAAAAGGACGCUCGAAGCAAUUAAAUUAGCUUCUGAACAAAGCCGUAGUCUAUGGAGGGUUUCUUCAACUCUGUUUGCACACAUAGCAUCAGAUGCCAUUCUCAAGCCAUUAGGCCAUUUUGCCAAUUUUCCUCUUGCAAGUAUGUACCCUUCCAUGCGUGCAGGGGAAUUUGUCGAAAAGGAGCUUGCGGUGAUUAAUUUGAAAGGAGAUAAAGGAUAUUCUUCAUUGAGCUAGAACAAUUCGGUCCAUAUCUGUAUUGUUGCCUGUUGGUGGAAACAUUAUUUUAAGAAUGUUAGCAGAUGAGACAGUUAAGGCGUUUUGGCAGAUUUAUAUUAUGCAAUGUAAAAUGUGGGUCAGAUUGGAGCAUUAUUGAAGUGUCCUUAUCUGCUUGUUUUGUUGAUUUGUUUUUAGUAUCCCCAAGAAUUAUUGAUUUAAUAGUUCUAUUAA